AAUGUUUCCAGCUCCUUGUUGAAUCUAUGACACAAAGAAUUAAGGCAGUUCUGGAGGCAAAGGGGGUCCAAGCCAGUAGUAGCAAGGUGUACCUAAUAAAGUGGCCGGUGAGUGUACACCUCCAGAAACUCUUUAAAGGUAUACUAUGGAGGACUGUUGGUUACUGUUGGUUACCAGUGAAGAUGAGAGUAAAAGCCAACCCCAGAGUCACUCGAUUGCUUCACUAUAUUUGUGUUUUUUUCGGUGAUGUGUCUCCUGGAUACCUGCUGCCAUAUGGUCUGGCACCUCGUCGCUACCUUUUUAUAAAAUCCUGACCUCACCUGAGUGCUGUGGGGAACACGCCCAUAAAUGUCCCACACACAGAUAAUAAGAAAAAAAUAAGAAAAUACAGAAAGCAGAGUCAGAAAAAUACACCACCACACUCUUCCAGUGGGUCUUAAGCGAUGAUUGAGAGGGAUUACUUCUGUAUGAAUGUAUACAUUGUAUGGUUUUUUUUUAAAAAUCCUGCAUACCUGUAAGACAUAAAUCCAGGUGUCCUGUGACGACACACACAAAUUAAAAAAAAUCAGACAUACGUUUGAUGGAGACACAGCACAAAUCAUACCUUGUGAAACUGGAUGAGAGGCCUGAUAAGUGUGAUGGUUUCAGAAACGGAUCAAUGGCCUGUGCUGAAUGGCUGCGGUCGGGUAGAGGUGGAGAUUUGACGACUCCAGAGGUUCACACUGCUGGACAUCUGGUAGAUUUUACUGCAGUUGGCACGGAGAUACAUGGAAAUACAACACAAGAGAAGCAUGAGGAAACACUGUGCUCUCAAACAUGGAAUACUCAAGGAAUUCCUGGCAGAAUUCCUGGGGACUUUUGUCUUGGUUCUGUUUGGCUGCGGCUCAGUUGCACAGACCGUCCUCAGUCGAAACACGCUGGGCGAGCCUCUCACCGUCCACAUCGGCUUCUCCGUGGGACUCAUGAUGGCAGCAUACGUGGCUGGUGGAGUGUCAGGGGGCCAUGUGAACCCUGCUGUGUCUCUGGCCAUGGUGAUUCUGGGCAAACUGAAGAUCUGGAAGUUUCCCUUCUACGUCAUCGCUCAGUUUCUUGGUGCUUUUGCUGGAGCUGCUGCAGUCUUUGGGUUAUACUAUGAUGCCUUCAUGGACUUCACCAGUGGGAUUCUGUCAGUGACGGGAAUCAAUGCAACAGGUCACAUUUUUGCUUCCUACCCAGCGAGACACCUGUCAAUCCUCGGCGGCUUCAUCGAUCAGGUGGUGGGGACAGGUAUGCUGGUGCUGUGUAUCCUGGCUAUCAUUGAUGGUGGAAACAUUGGAGCUCCCAAAGGCGUGGAGCCGCUGGCUAUAGGUCUGAUCAUCAUGGCCAUCGGCGUUUCCAUGGGACUGAACUGUGGAUACCCCCUGAACCCUGCCAGAGACCUGGGACCCCGACUGUUCACAGCUGUAGCUGGAUGGGGGAUGGAGGUCUUCAGCACUGCAGAAUACUGGUGGUGGAUCCCUGUGGCGGGGCCCAUGGUGGGCGGUGUGGUCGCAGCUGUCAUCUACUACCUGUUCAUCGAGUUGCACCACCACCGCGAGGAGCCCGAGAAGCCCCCUGAGGAGGAGGAAGAGGAGGAGGAAGACGAGGACGACGAGGACAGCAGUCUGAAGGACAAAUAUGAGAUGAUCACCAUGAGUUAAAAAAAGACAUUACCCUCCAGGACCAACCGGGUCAGAUUGUUUUACUGUCAGUCACGUGACGAGCACACGGUCAGUGUUAACACCAAUAACGGACUGUCUCCUUUGUAAUUUAACUUUUUAUGUUGUAUGUUUCAAGAACACAUGAAAAUCUCAGUCCUGUGUGCUUCACUUUGUUAUAACUUUUCAUAUACAUGUUGUAAAUAGUGUAUCAUAGAUAUUAGAUCCUUUAUUUGGUUAUAAUUACCAGAAACAAGUGGUACUAAUAGUGUUGCUCCUUUUAGGUUUGCUCCCCUCUUGAGUGGUUGUGAUGAUAUUCUCUGUAUAUUCACUUAAAUUUUUUUGCUCUAACUUAUAUAUUUCUUCUUUUGCAAACCACAAGAAUUCCUUCCUCCUGUUCUUUAUUAACAUUUGUAUUUCACUCUGUACUGUU